GCGAUGUUUAACAAGACCUUAGUGGUAAGUGAGGUGUUGAUGUGCUGCGUUGGAAACAACAUCAUUGACAUUUCGUAGAAGUUACCGGGAUUGCCAAUACAGCAACAGCUGUGCACGUGCAUACUGCAGUACAUUUGAAAAUAAAUGAGUAGCGCUCCGUGAAAAGUGGGUUUAAUGCAUGUUCGUAAAGUGUCGUCCUAGAUUUGCCUGUUCAGUCCGAACGCAGUGACGGUUUCUUUGUGAGGGUCCAGGACGUCGGACAAUUAUGGCGAAUUCUUCUUGUUCCAACGCAUAUCCGAGCACAGAUGUUCUUUAUAUAGAGGUUCAAGAUGAUUUGGCCAGUAUCGUUUUGUUUGUCAUCGUCUGCUUCAUGGUUGUCGUCUGCCUCGGUGUAUACGCGGAAGAGCUGAUAUUCCUGCGGCGGGUGAACGGCUGGGGUACAAAGUCCAGGCGCGUGGCGACAAUACUUGGUCUACAUCCGGUAACAAUUAUCUCUGCAUUUCUGGCUGUGAUGGUGCCCAAGAGUACUUUAUUUGUGGAUUUCGUCGCAUCUUGUUAUCUGACGGUCUGUUACUACACGUUCUUCAACAUCGUCAUCGGUUACUUCGGCGACGAAAACAAGAUGGUGGAGUAUUUCCAGGGCGACAAGAUCCAGACCUCCGUGCCACCGUGCUGUUGCUGCUGCUGUUGCGUACUCAAACCCAGGAUAUUGACGCUUAAUUCGCUGCUCGUCUUCAAGUACCUCACUCUGCAGGUGGUCUACGUGCGACCCAUCCUGCUCUUCAUCGCCCUCGUCCUCUGGACGGACGGAAAGUUCGUGUCGGGACUGAUCUCAGCGGACACCAGCUACAUCUACAUCAUGGUCCUCACAUCCGUCUCUACGCUGUUCUCCCUGUAUGGGACCUUCGUCGUCCAUCGGGCGUCCGCGCCGCACCUUCAGCAGUACCGUAUCAUGAACAAGUUCCUCUCCAUCCAACUUGUGCUCGUGCUCAGCAACAUGCAGGGCCUCCUGUUUUCCAGCCUGGCCGCCAAUGGCAUACCGGGUUGCAUUCAGAGCCGGGGACCAAUACCCAGAGCAAACGCCCUCAACCAUUUUGCGCUGAUCAUUGAGACGUUUCUACUAUGUUUGUUGGCGAGACGCGCGUACCGGAUGGACGAGAGGAACAUUCCAAAGCCGACCAAGUCUCAUGCGAAAGAUUUCGCCGUCACCGCUUUUACUGACGUCAUUGUUAAAGAGCCCUCGUGUCCUCACAUGUCUGACGUCACAGUUAUUGAGUCAUCCUGA